UGACUUCACGAACGUGGCACCACAGAACGAGCGUUGGAGGAACGCACUUGUCAUCAUCUCAUCAUAUCCGGAUUUCCCAUAUCUUUUGUAUUUCACCCUGGGAUUUUAAAGAAAAAGAAAUUUUUUACAAUAAUUCGAGUAUCAAACAUGUUCGCACUUUCGAGUUUACACGGUCUCAAGUUUAAUGAUUACGGUUUUUUAUAUAUGUACAUACACGAUUAUAUUACGAAUAAUUACAUAUUUGGUUAAAGAAUAAUGUGGAUCUGAAGAUAAUAUUUUGUGAAUAAAAAUUAAGUACUGCAAACUACAUGUGAACAGUGAAUCUGAUAACUUUGACUACGUAAAAUAAAACAGUCUAGUAUAACUUUUAAAGACGACGCAUUGUGAAGCAAAGUGUAAAAUAUAAAUCUGACUUGAAAAAUCGAGUUUUUUUUUGUUGGAAGAACGAGAUGCUCGAGAAGUACAACUUGCUUCGUCAGGACUUCCUCAGUAUAGCUGAGCCUUUCAUUGACAGUGAUAUCUUAGAUCAGCUGAAACGCAAUUACGCAUAUGAAAUUGAGUCAAUACGUAAAUUGAGCCAGGUAAAGGACCUCAAAACAUUUAUAAGAUUAUUGGAGAAACGGGAUAUUAUGAGCUGCAGCAAUAUAGAGCCAUUAUGGUAUAUAUCAAAGAAGUAUAUUCACAAGCCUGACUUAGAAACCAAGUUGCAAGAUUAUGAAAGAUGGCUGGAAACUGUACCACCAUCAUCUUUAUGUAACAAGUAUCGAAGUGAUGAAACUUUGGUAUCAUCAUCAGCAUCAGCAUCAGCAUCUACAAGCUCAGAAUGCUCAGCAUGCAAUUCCAUGCAUAAUUUAUCUCAGUCGUCAAUAGAAAACUCAACUGAAUUAUUCAGUAAUAGUAUACAAACAUUACAUUGUAAUCCUGAGCAAGAGGAGCAAUACAAACUUUAUAAAAGAAGAAAAUUAUUACAAGAGACAGUGGUGCUUCAAAUCAAGGAUAGGCUGGGUCGAUCUUGGCGAGAUGUAGCUAGACAUUUAGGUAUUAGAGAAUGUGAAAUUGAUGCUGUACAAAGUAAAUAUCCUUAUGAUUUGAAGGAGCAAAGUUAUGAGAUUCUGAAGAUUUAUCUGUCACAAUCUGACACAGAACAAUGGGCCAUAAAUUUAAUACGUGCCUUAGAAAAAGGAAGACGGAGAGAUCUUAAGGAACUUGUAGAGGAAUUAAUAUUGAAAAAUGGAAAUUUAUGAUGUAAAUUCAAGAUCUUUUUACGUAAAUCAUAUUUAUAUUAUUCUUUUGAAUUUGUGCCCUAAUUAUUUGUCCUAUUUAUCAAUUAAAUGUGAUAUAAUUUAACAAUGUAAAAAUUCGAUAAAUGUAGAUAUAGAGUAGGUAAUUUAAUGUACGGAAGUUGUAGGUGAUAUAAAUAAAAAGAUACGGAUGCCACAGUA